UUGCUUACCGUCGUCGCCCCUGAGGACGUCAGCGCCGCGCGACGCAGCGCCAGCUGUUGAGCUGACUUGUGCGCGGCCGCUGCCUGGGCUGGGGUCGCAGCCUGCGCUGUGAGUGUUGGAUUUCAGGAGGAUGAAUUAAAUGAGAAAAAACUUUAAGAAGAAAAGAGAGCUCUUCUCUCCUUGCCUAGCAGGUCGCACAGCAAGAGACCAGGGACCUAAGGGAGAAUGGCAGCUGUGGGCAGCCUCCUUAGCUUGCUACAGCAGAGCAUUGUGAAAGCAGCUGCAUCCAGACCCCGCUGCCUGCACACUUCUUCUAGCUGGGCAGACAGCACCAGGGCUGCACUCACUCGCCUGCACCGACAGGCCUAUGCACGCCUCUACCCAGUGCUGCUUGUCAAGCAGGACGGCUCCACCAUUCACAUCCGAUACCGGGAGCCAAGGCGCAUGCUGGCAAUGCCCCUGGACCUGGACACCCUGUCCCCCGAGGAGCGCCGGGCCAGACUCCGGAAGCGUGAGGCCCAGCUCCGACACAAGAAAGAGGAGGAGCCAGAGCUCACUGAUGACUUUGAUGCUGAGCGUUACAGACGGUUUUGGGCCAAGACCAAGAAGUAGUUGUGGCUUAAAGUUGUUUAGGGACAUUGUGUGGACAGAGGGUGAUCUCCUGUAAAUGGUACAUUCCUGAUGUCUCA